CCUGGAAUUCGUCACGCCAACCAUGACCCACGAAGGCCCCGUCUCCCUAACCCUGGAAAACCCGAACCAAAAAAAAACAACUCUAACCAACGUCCUGUAUUGUUCCAACGACAAAACACUCCUCGACUCCUUCUUCGAAACCCGAAGCGAUUCGUCCAUAUUCGACUAUUGGACUGGCGAACAAUAAAAAAAAAUUAAAUUUCGCUGACAUUCAGUCCACUCAACCCCAUUAAACCCCUCAUUCCCCUCCUUGACGACGCGAACUCCCCCUCCAGAUAAGCCCACUUCGAAACCCAAGAAUGGACCUCCAACUCGACCAGACGCAACCCGCGGAAACACCGCACCACGCCGAAUCCGAACUCAUUGGUGAAAACAGCCACGUAAUCCUCUUUUCAACGCGCGACAACGCCCAUUCGCUCAUCGUUCGCAAGGGACAAAUCUUCGACAACAAACUCGGCCACUUCUGCCACGAUAACAUGAUCGGACUCACUUAUGGAUCAAGGCUCUACGCUAAACAUCCGUCUUCGAACUGGAUGAUCGUGCUUCGCCCGUCUCCAGAGCUCUGGGGCCUAAGCUGCACUCACAGAACGGAAAUCACAUAUCAAACUGACACAGCCUUGAUCCUCGCAUCUCUGAACAUAAAACCAGGCUCUAUCGUCUUCGAAACCGGAACCGGAACCGGAUGCUUCACCUUCUCUCUCGUCAGCGCCAUCAAACCAAACGGCCACGUCUACACGUUCGAAUACCACAGCGUCAGACACAAAGAGGCCAUCGUGGACUUCGAACGCACCGGCAUAAGCCCGUGGGUCACUUGUAUCCAAAGAGACACAGUCGAAACCGGAUUCCCAGCCGAACUCGACAACACGGCAGACGCCAUCUUCCUGGACCUUCCGUCUCCCUGGGAAGUCAUUCAAUAUUGUAAAAAAUCACUGAAACACGACGGAAUGCUUGCUUCUUUCUCCCCGUGCAUCGAACAAGUCCAACUCACCACCGCCGCACUCGCCAACGAGGGAUUCGCAAACGUAGAAACCAUCGAAUGCCUUCUCAGAACUUACGCCGUCAAGGAAAUACUCGACGCUCCAAACUUCUACGCGCCGCCUCAAAACGCCAUCGACCACCAUCCUGCCAAAAAAACCAACUCCACCACGCCAACCUGUCAGGACCACGACCCAACGCCCAACGCGCAAAGGAAAAUACCGGUCGCCAAACCUCACAAAACCAUGAAAGGACACACCGGAUUUCUCACGUUCGCGAGAAACUAUAAACUCCACUCCGCCCCUUGACUUCGCCAUCGAUCCACUGAAGCGCCCGUUCGUGCCUUUUUUUUUUUUUUCGAGGG